AGAGGGGGAUCCUGAGUUUGGCGGUUGGAAGUUACUGCUGUCGUAAGAUCGGGGUAGCUCGUGAACCGCUAGCUUUGGGUACCUGCAAAAUGAGACUGGAUCCUGACGCCCCGGCUUGGACACCGGGGCUAUGCAGCAGCAGAGAGGACGGUGAGGGUGGUGGAGUGACCGCACGCCGUGGGGGUAUGCCCCAGAGAGAGGAAAGAAGAGAGCCCAGAGAUGGAAGGCCACACCGCUCCGGGACAAGACUCUAUGGGAAACAAGGCAAGAACCGGGGUAACUAUCACGUUAGCCCGAGUGUUCGCAAGAAAAUAGUAAAAAAACAAAAAAAGAGGGGAAGAUGGAGGAAAAGGAGGGGUCGGGCGGCGCGUAGGCUAGCUAAGAGAGCAGCGCGCGCCGCGCGAAAGAGACAGCAGGGUCAACUUCUUAGGGUAGCAACCUGGAAUGUGCGGACUUUGGCUGUAAACGGGGCCAAUGGAUACGGGCGAGCCUACAGCGUUCUACACGAGGCAGCGAGACAAGACGUAUCGGUGGUAGGAAUGCAGGAGACACGGAGGGCAGGUCGAACGGAAUUUGCAGCAGCGGGUUUCCGGGUGUUCUGCUGUGGCACGGAGACUGGUGGAGUCCAUGGUGUGGGGAUAGCCGUCAAAGAGUCACUGUGCAAGACAUCCACGUUCACUACGGAGUUUAUCGACGAAAGCCUUAUGGCCAUGAGGUUUCUGUUGGCAGGCCACCGUGGAGCGGUCAACUUCGUAGCCGCGUAUGCUCCAACCGAACCUUCAACCGCCGACAGCAAGCGCGUGUUCUGGGGAAAACUUGACAGUCUCGUGCGGAGGAUCCCUUCCAAAGAAUGUGUGCAUGUCCUAAUGGACGCCAACGCGCGGACAGGAGAUAGGUUGGACGGAGGGGACGGAAGGGUAAUAGGAAUGUACGGGCGUGAUGAGCUCAACGACAAUGGCAUGCUACUGUUGAACUUCGCAACGGGAAACAGGCUAGCUCUCACGAACACGUUCUUUGAGACACGCAAGGGCGGAAUAUGGCACACAUACAACGGUGUGUCGGGAAACGAUUGCAAGCGCCUUGACUACAUCCUGACAAGGCAGGCACAUCACGGCCGAGUAUCUAACGUGGUCGUCAUCCCCCAGCCGGUUCGCCCAGUCAAAGCAGACUCAGACCACAAUAUGGUAGUAGCCACCAUCAACCUCGGUGGCAGGCUUGCCCACAACCGUGCAGCCCGGACUAACCCAAAACAAGAGUAAUUCAACCGACGGGAAUUGCAGUUCGAAGCAGCACGGUGUGCGGUGACUGAUCGGUUCCUCCUCAACCUCGACACACGACUGGACGAGCGAACAACCACCGCCGCGGAAUUGGCGACCGACUUUACCAAUGCUCUCCUCGACGCAGCGCGGACGACCCUGGGGGAGGAACCGCGGAGACGCCGCACGCAGGAGUGGUGUGAGACCCCAGAGACGAGAGCAGGGCUAGAGCAGGCCCUUAACAACCGGCGGGAAGCGCGCCGAGCGAUGAGGGGCAACUGGAACUCAGCAACCAACGUGGAGGGUUCCCAAAGCAGCGUGUAAGGGAGUGGCUACAGCAGUCGAAACGGGCAUUUAUGCCCACCUGGACGGAU